CGCACGUGUCGCCCCCGCCCCGCUAAUCCCAUCUCAUCUCAUCUCCCACCUCACCUACUCUCUCCCGGUCGGCCUCAGCCUCAGCUCACUCCCCCGCACUCCAGCUCAUGUAAAUGUGUCUCCCAAUCCCCACGCCACCUCCAAUGCCGCCCGCAAUGGCCACGCUCACCACCACCUCCCCUCCCCUCCUCCUCCUCAUCAGCAUCAUCAUCCUCCUCCUCGCUGACGCCGGCGCGGUGCGGUUCGACUACGCGACGCUGACCCUCGCCACGCUCAAGCUGCUGGGCGACGCGCACCUCAACAACAACACCAUCCGCCUCACGCGGGACCUGCCGGUGCCCACCUCCGCGUCGGGCCGCGCGCUCUACGCGGCCCCCGUGCGCCUCCUCGCGGGCUUCUCCACCAGCUUCGCCUUCACCGUCACCACGCUCAACCGGGGCUCCGUCGGCGGCGGGCUCGCCUUCGUCGUCGCCCCCGACGCGGCCUCCGUCGGCGACGGCGGGGCGUUCCUCGGGCUCGACCCCGCCGCCGACGUCGCCGUCGAGUUCGACACGCUCAUGGACCUCCAGUUCGGGGACGUCAACGGGAACCACGUCGGCGUCGAUCUCGGGAGCAUGGUGUCCGUGGCCGUGGCUGAUCUGGAUUUGGCUGGGGUCGAGCUCACCAGCGGGCGGACCGUGUACGCGUGGAUCGAGUACGCGCCGGGGAAGGCCAUGGACGUCUUCGUGUCCUACUCGUCCAAGCGGCCCCCGGCGCCGGUGCUGUCGGCGACGGUCGAUCUCGCGGGCUAUGUCAAGGAGCAGGCGUUCGUGGGGUUCUCCGCGUCCACGCAGGGCAGCACGGAGAUCCACGCCAUCGAGUGGUGGAGCUUCUCGACCCCGUCACCCCCGUCCCCGGCGCCGUCCAAGCCGCCGCCCGUUUCCGCGGCUGCUCCCCCUCCGGCGAGGGUCCUCGACCCAACGCUUCCAUCCACUCCGCAGCUCCCGGGCAUCACGCCGCCAGCAACGGUUUCGGCGCCGCCGACCAGCUCAGUUGCAACCGCCCCGGCAAUUUCGGUCGCUCGGAACAAUGCCAAGACGCCGCACCACCCGCCUCCACAAGGGGCCGUGGCCGGCGCCGCGACGGCGGGGGCAGUCGUGGCGGCGUCCUUCGCGGGCUUCGCGCUGUGGGCGCUCGCGCGCCGCGCCAAGGCCAGGAAGCGCGACGCCGUGGCGGUGGCCACGAAGCGCGACAACGUGGCGUCGGCGGCGGCCAUGGCGCGGUCCCCGCGGGAGUUCUCCUACAAGGAGCUCAGCGCCGCGACGCGGGGCUUCGACGCGUCCCGGGUCAUCGGCAACGGCGCGUUCGGCGUCGUGUACAAGGGCAUCGUCCCGGACACGGGCGCCAUGGUGGCCGUGAAGCGGUGCACCAACGCCAACGCCGACGGCGCGCAGGCGCGGGCCGAGUUCCUCUCGGAGCUCUCCAUCAUCGCCGGCCUCCGCCACCGCAACCUGCUCCGGCUCCAGGGCUGGUGCUACGAGAAGGGCGAGAUCCUGCUGGUCUACGACUACAUGCGCAACGGCAGCCUGGACCGCACGCUCUUCGACGCCUCCUCCCCGGCCCUGCCGUGGCGCCACCGCCACGAGAUCCUCGCCGGCGUGGCCUCCGCGCUGGCCUACCUGCACCACGAGUGCGACCGGCGCGUCAUCCACCGGGACGUCAAGUCCAGCAACGUGAUGCUGGACGAGUCGUACCGCGCGCGGCUGGGCGACUUCGGCCUCGCGCGGCAGGCGGAGCACGGCGCGUCCCCGGACGCCACGGCCGCCGCCGGCACCAUGGGGUACCUGGCGCCGGAGUACAUGCUGACGGGCCGCGCCACCGAGGCCACCGACGUGUUCAGCUUCGGCGCGCUGGUGCUGGAGGUGGCGUGCGGGCGGCGGCCCAUCGGGACCGAGGGCCGCUGCAACAACCUCGUCGAAUGGGUGUGGAGCCUGCACGGCGAGGCCCGCGUGCUGGACGCCGUCGACCCGCGGCUGGGCGGCGACUACGACGAGGGGGAGAUGCGGCGGGUGCUGCUGGUGGGGCUCGCGUGCUCCAGCCCGGAGCCGGACCGCCGCCCCGGGAUGCGCGCCGUAGUGCAGAUGCUGAGCGGCGAGGCGGACCCGCCGUUCGUGCCGGCGGCCAGGCCGUCCAUGAGCUUCAGCGCCAACCACCAGCUGCUGCUCAGCCUCCAGGACAGCGUGUCCGACUACAACGCGCUGGGCCUGAACCUGUCGGACGAGGACUCCUCGUCCGACUCGCUCAGCUCGUCGUCGCUCACCAGCACGCUGCGCAAGGGCGGCCACGACAUCGGGUUCAGUAGCACCGCCGGCGGCGACGCCCGGUGACCGGCCUAUCGGUCCUCUUGAAAUGCGGACGAGAUUAGUUUCAAAUGUAUGUAUUGGUGAGAGAGUACAUAGAUUAGCAUUGGGCUGUAAUAGAGUCCUAACAUAUCUCUUUGUGGUAAUAAUUCAGAUUUCAGAUGGUUCAUUGGAUCAA